AGUUUCGGAUAGAGAACUAUUUCGCGUUGCUGUCUGCUCGUGGCCCGUCUGCUCUUCACUUCGUAUCGUAACUCGUAAUUGUGAGAAACCCAUGCUGCCCAUGCCACCUGUAUGACUGCGAACAAAGUGGAACACGACAAAGUCUGUCACGAUGUGUUUCCAAACACGGACGUUUCGGUUGAACACUUACUCCGGAAACCCAAGCCCCCGGAAGCUAGCGAUUGCUGCGGCAACGGCUGCGCGCUCUGUGUCCACGACAUAUACGAACAAGAGUUGAAGAUAUGGAAAAAGGAACUUCUCGGACACGGUUCUCAAGGUUCUACAGACGGCGAAAAGGGCCAAGUCCUCAGUAGGGACAUCUACACAGCGUUCGAACUCGUGGGCAUAACUGCAAUAACGGACAAGUGUUGCCAGUAUACGUUUGCCAUUCCGCAUCGCCGCAGCCUUCAGAUGAAUGUUGGUGACCAUCUUAUCAUGAGGGCUUCGUACAACGGAGAAUGCAUCACCCGUCAAUAUACUCCCAUAUCUCCAAGUUCGCAGAGAGGAACUUUUGAAGUUCUAAUCAAGAUCUACCCUAAUGGCAAGAUGUCGAAGUACAUUGAUUCCCUCACAGAAGGCAGCCUGGUCGAAUGGAGGGGUCCCUUUGGCGAACUCAACUACAAGCCAAACUCGCAUAAACAGCUCAUACUGCUGGCUGCCGGAACUGGAAUCGCUCCGAUGAUCCAGAUUCUGCGUCACAUCACGGAUAACGAAGACGACGAGACGCUCGUCAGACUGCUGUUUGGAGUCGCCAGAUAUGACGAGAUCUACCUCAAGAAAGAGCUCGACGACCUCAGAAACUUCUGGAAUGUGUCCAUACUCUACUGCCUCAGCCAAGAGACGGAAGUUGCCAAGGUGAAGUACGGAGAUGAGGUUCACUACGGAAGGAUAGACGAAGAACUGCUCCGAAGGGAAGUAAGAAAGUGCCGCUUUGCACCGCACGUGCUCGUCUGCGGACCAAACUCCUUCAACGCCCGCUUCCUCGAGUGCCUCAGAACAGAGCUGACCUCCACCACCUGGUUUCUUUUCUGAUACUCGUGAUUGUCCCAUACCGUUACAAUCAAUCGCAGUGUGGGGCACGACCUGAAAGGGAUCGCCGGACUCCACACCUUGGGGUGUUCUGCUGCAACUUGAGCCCGAAGUCGGCACCGCAUCAGCGCUCCUGUCGGCACCGACUCGGUGCUGAGUUGGCACCACACUGCGUAUGAAUGCUGGAAAAGGUGGUGGUCAUAUGCAGCGGAGCGCUGAUGUACAGCGCUGGUAUGGUGCAAAGUCAGUGCCAUAUCUAUAGCGCUCGAUUAGUGCUGUGGAGUAUGAGCGAACAGACCUUUAGCGGGAAGAUAGUUGGGGUAGGUAUAGUUUUUAUGACCAAUCUUAUCCAAGUAAAGACCAACUUGAGACAACAAUCUUAAACGUUUAGCAUUGGAUGAUUGGUACAUAAGAUUGUGAAUAAGCCAACAUCAUAAAGCAACAUGACGAGCCCAGUGAGCAGGGUUGCGCAUGUUUUCUUUUACUUGGUGCCCUUGUGUUUGUACUAUUUUUAGUGUUCUGAUUUUUACUCUGUCAUGUGAGGCAUCAGGGAGGUCUAUGGUCACCUCAAUUUCAGCUGAAAUUCAAGGCCAACUUUCCCCAAAAUAGACCACUUCCAUCCAGUAUAAAGAUAAGCUCGUGGUCCCACUUUUCCAUAGUGCGAAAUCUCGGACGCCUUGUAGACCAUUCUAACAAUUCCGAAUUGACAGCAUAGGAUGUGCAUGUUCGUAACUUCUCAAAAGCGAGCAAACCACAUACUUUACGCUCAAACUCUGAGAAUGGUACCAGCACAUCUAAAAUAAUCUAGAAUGUGACAGAAAAAGAAAAGCACGAAAUAACAAUAUCUGAACGUUUA